UCUACAUGAAAUUAAAAAGUGCUAAAUUUGUUGUAGUGACGUUCAUUACACUAAGAAAGACUUACCGUGUCUUUGCGUGACGUGAACAUUUGCAGUGAAUUAAGUAUCCGCCACAUUUCCUGUUUGUAACCGAAAAAGACACAAGCCAGUAAAAAUAGAAGCAGAUAUGGUGCACCUCACGAAGAACACACAUAGUAGACACAGCUAAAGCUGCACUGCCAACGGACAGUUGAGGAUCAGAAGAUCCACGAUGGCACACGGUGACUGCACGGGACCCUAUGUGGGUCUGUCACUAACGUCUAUAGCACUGUUAAUGUCUGUAUGUUUAAACAUAGUUCUCUAUUCACUGAGAAGAAAAGAUAGACAGAACAGAGGUACAUUAAACAUCGAUGUUGGUGUGCCGUUGUACCAAGAUUCUUUUCAUAGUGACAGGUUUGAGGAGGACGAACGGCAAAAUCAAGAGAAUCCUAUAUAUGGAAACAUCUUUGUAGAUGGUGGAGGAUCCUUGACAAUGCCUGAAUAUAGGGACUAUGAUCAAAUGACAAAAAAAGGUGCAAGACAAGAUGAAAAGUCUGACCCAGAAGAUGUUUCUUAUGCAUCCUUGGAUCUAAAACUUGUUCAGAAACGUAAGAAAAAGAAGAGAUACCAGGAGAAACAGAAUCAGAUGCAUAAGGUCCAGACUCAUCCUCCUCCUGUGGCACAGAUGAGGCGCACGGAGAUGGGAGAAGACUGUGAUGUCGCCCUGCCUUCACGAAGCAGCAGCCUCAUUGUGUCCCGCAGCAGCAUCUACCUCAACAGCCAUCAAGUAGCACUGGAGACAGAGGAGCUACAGAGGGAGAGAGAGACAGAAUGGCAAAGCAGUCAUGUCUGAGAGAUGAUGAUGAAAUUGCAUGCCAACAUUGAUAACAGUCUUUGCCAAUCAGAACCAAGUCAUGAUCAAGGCAGCUAAAGACCAAAGCAAAUGUAAAAGUUCUUAAGUGCAAAGUUAUCCAUCUUAAAUUCAGAAUUACAAAGUCAGCUAAAUUUGACAAUUGACAAUUCAUAAUAAUUAUUUAUUUUACCUCAUAUAUUUUUUUUAAAUUAGUGGUUAAAGCAGGUGAAGACAAAUAUUGCUGCCUAUAAGUGAGAAUUAUGAACUUUCAUGCUUCUGAAGGUAGUUUGAACUCUGUAAUCAGAUUGCACAAUAUUGUGCAGCAGCAGGCAACAGGAGGAUAUUGAGCAACAUUGAUGACGUAUGUUGUGGAAAACACCUUUAAAAAGUUUUCCAUAAAGAACCUGAUAGCAAAAAAUGCAAAAUAAUUUUUCUAUGUCAAUGGAAAAAAUGUUGUGUCUAAUCAGGUCUGAGCUAAAUUGGAAAUAGGGCAUUAGAAUAAAAACAGCUUCAAAGACACAUGUAAAGAGUUAUUUAUAAUAGGUCAUAUCUAUUUUUACAUUUAAUCACUGUGCAAGCUUGUCUAUGCACAUUGGAAAUUCCUGCUUUGUUUAUGAUGAUAAGUGAUACAACUUUAAUUAUAUCUGAAAGUUAACUUAAAUAAAACAUAUUUAGUUUUUCCCACUACAGCUGACAUUGAUGAUGCAUUUGCAAACCAACAAUUAUUAUAAAGUACACAAACCAUAUAGAAUUAAAUCAUUAGCAUAUGCAGGUCAGACUUACUCCAUUGUUAAAGGAAAAGCUUCCAUAAUUAAAGUGAACCUGUUUAUCAUAAUGAUCCUGAUUUUGAAAUUUAGAUCUUUAUUCAUAGAAUGCAAGACAUGUACAUGCAUAA